AAGGCAUGUUUCGUGCUCUCUCUCUCACGCACACUUACACGUAUACACAGACGUUUGAAAUCUCAACUAAGGCCUUUCAAUUCCCUAUUAUAAAUAACCCAACUUUUCUCUCCUCCUGUAAUUUGCUUAUUAUUACUUCCUUUCCAGCCAUAUAAAUACAUAUAAUCUUCUGCACCAUGGCCUCUUUUGGUAGAGUACUUCUUGGAAUGAUGGCUUUCACAGUCUUAAUCAGUGUAUCUGCUGAUCCAGACAUGCUUCAAGAUCUUUGUGCUGCUGAUCUCACUUCUCCCGUGAAGGUGAAUGGAUUUGCUUGCAAGUCAAACGUGACAGCUGAUGACUUCUUCUUCGCGGGGCUUGCCAAGCCAGGACCCACCAACAAUUCCAUGGGAUCAUUGGUGACCGGAGCCAAUGUCCAAAGAAUCCCUGGCCUUAAUACCCUGGGCGUGUCCCUCUCCCGGAUCGACUAUGCCCCGGGAGGCAUAAAUCCACCCCACACCCACCCUCGUGCCACAGAAAUGGUCUUUGUGCUAGAAGGUGAAUUGAAUGUUGGUUUUAUUACCACAGCCAAUGUCCUAUACUCCAAGUUCAUUAAGAAAGGUGAAAUAUUUGUAUUCCCUAAAGGUCUAGUCCACUUCCAGAAGAACAAUGGCAAGGUUCCGGCUGCAGUAAUUGCCGCUUUCAACAGCCAGUUACCUGGAACUCAGUCCAUAGCAGCCACAUUGUUUGCUGCUUCACCCCCCGUGCCGGACAAUGUUUUGACCAAGGCAUUCCAAGUUGGUACCAAGGAAGUUGAGAAAAUCAAGUCCAGGUUUGCGUCAAAGAAUUAGUAGACUCUGCCACAUAAAAUUGAAGCAUCUUUGAUUUGUUGUGAAGGAAUAAAGAAUGCAAAUUCGAUUUCUUUUAUUUGGGAUAUGGAUAACGUUGUAAUACACCAGUGAGAAUUUGUUAUCUCUUGUUUAUAAAAAUAAAUUUUAACUUUUCAAA